AUGGACGCAACGAGCACCUGUGCGUGCACUGCGCACACAGGACGGCGUCGUCACCAACAACGCGCCAAUGAUUAUGAGCUUGUGCAUGUGCGUCUGAAGCAGCAUGCUGCCCAGCGAACACUGUCGUCGCAGUGGUACUUGCAGUACUUGCCGCCCGCACUCUCUUCUGCUUACCGCCGACCUCACAGCACGCAGCGCACACGUGCAUUUCCUGGGAAGCUGGUUACGCUGCUGGUGAUGGUGGUGAUGGUGAUGGCCGCACUUGGUGCGUCCUCCUGCACAGCUUUCGUUGCGCACAGCACGCCAACAACACCACCAACAACGAUACACACAACACAGGCGCUGCCCGCGCAAGGCUCGCAGGCUGAUGCAUCGCUGUCGCUGUGCAGUGAGGUUGAUGCGACGCUCGUGCAUCUCACCACCACAUUGGAGACCUUUGGCGUUCCGUUUACUUGGCCAAGCAACCAUGACGUGCGGCACCCACACACCAGGAGCAAGGCGCACACCAAUUUCGCAUCAGGCGCACCAGGCACUGGGGAGGCGACACGCGCUCGUGCGCAUGUGGUGCCGGUUGACCUGUCGUCGAUUCAGCGCAUGAUGAAGGCGUUUGGGUGCUGCAACACUGGGACACGGCAUGGCUCACGACGGCCAUCAGCUCAUGGCGUGAGCGAUGUGCAGGAGGCGCAGCAACGCGACGUGCCGCACGUGCAACCCGAUGCGCCACGCGGGUCUGGGAACGGCCGCUUCUUGCCUGCUAAACCACUGCAGCACCAGCGUGUGCGGCGCGCUGACCCUGGGGUGCAGCCUGGACGGUGCACACUGGCGAGUGUGAUUGAGGGGACGUGCCCUGGCCCCAUUGGCAACGUGAGCUUGGUCGUCACAGUAGACGAUGCUGCUGUGUUGCAGUCUGUCACAAACGCCAGCGUUGACUUCUUGCACCAAGUUGCAGCCCGUACGCUCACAUUGAACGUGCAGGGAAGGGAUCUGACUGAGGAACCACUUAUGUGGCUUUUAUCCGUUGCUCGGUGGCCUUUGUGUCACCGAUUGGUUAUUACCGGACUUCAUGCGAAUGCACUUCAUCUGAGUUUGCUGAACAACUUCCCGUCUGUUGUUCAGUUUGUGGUGCGUGACAGUGAACGGUUGCGGGCCGUCAAUACGCAGGGCCUUCGUCCUGUUUCGCUGCUGAGCAAGCUACAGUUCUCAAACACUUCCCUGAGUGGGUUUAAUGAUGACGCAUUCAAGGGCAUGGCUUCUCUGCGAAACUUGUACCUAGCAGGGAACUUAAUCGACCGCCUCCCAGCCACUCUGUUCGAUCCCCUUACAGCUCUCACUGGUUUGCAUCUCGACCGGAAUAUCAUUUCGAGACUCGAUGCAAGAGCUUUCGUACGCACAACCGCACUUGAAUUUCUGACACUGUCGGAAAACGACUUUCACGUGCUCCCGCCAGGCCUUUUUCACCCCCUCACCAGGCUGCGUGAACUACGGCUUCAUCACAACCCUGUCCAGCACUUGGCCACUGAUGAUUUUGAUGGCCUGGUGUCUGUAACCACGUUGGAUCUCAGCACCAUGCUGCUGUCCAGCUUGCCAGUGAGUGUGUUUGGCAAUUGCACGCGCCUGAUGCGGUUGCAGCUCAACAACAACUUUCUCACACAGCUCGCUGACACGAGUCUUUCUGGCCUCUCACGGCUAACACGUCUGGACUUGAGCGGAAACCGCCUUCCUUCCAUCCCAGCGGACGUUUUUCAUGAGCUUACCGCGGUCGAAACGCUUGACAUGUCGAGGAAUCAGCUGCAGACUCUCCCCUCUGGGAUCGUUGACAAGUGUAUCAAACUGAGCGUGGUUAAAUUCACUUCCAAUCUCCUGUCUCGUCUGCCGCGCCUCUUGUUCCAUCGCACUCGCGUGCUAACUGAGGUCUUUCUCGAACACAACAGAUUGACAACACUGGACGGGCAAUUGGAUGGACUCUCCCUGCUCAAACGUGUUGCCUUGGACAACAACCUUCUCACUGUGUUUGACAUCACGGUGCCGUUCCCAGUGUUGAAGGUUUUGACGCUCAGUCAAAACCCGAUGGAAAAGCUUCCUAACUUGACACAACUUCCAAUGCUCACGCAGUUGCGGCUUCAGAACCACCGCAUCCGCCAAGUCGAUCUGACACCGGUCUUUGGGUUGCCUCCCCUCCAGGUGCUCGAACUUGAUGCCGCGCCCGAAACCAAUUCAAGGGUGUUUAUCGACCCCACUGCCUUUAGUACGGAUCAUCUUGAUCAUUUGGCAGAACUUCACCUUCACACGCUGAGCCUCAUCAAUGUCAAUGUGCUCGCAACGUUCACGUUUCUCAGCCUGGUGCCAGCUCUGAAUUUGCGGGUGCUACAUGCUGGCUGGGUCGGCGCAACACAGACACGACUGCCCAUGAAUGUAAUUUGCAAAGUCCUUGCAGAUGAGGUACACGAGCUGGCUCUUAUGAACACCGACUACACACGAAUUGAGCUGUGCCCGAGCAAGACCUUCAGAUCCGUGCUGCUCCAAGACAACAAACAACUUGAGUCCAUCAUCAUCCACAACUCUUUGGUCCAGCUGAAUGUGUCAGGCUGCACUAGUCUACCAGCUAUCGAUGUGCCGAGUGUGGACGUGCUAGACAUCAGCAGCACGCGUAUUCAACCCAGCCCUGCCCUUUGCACGCGGUGGGGUCGUCGUAUACUUUUCGCGCGGAACCUCGAGGCAGAACAUUUUCGCUCUCUCCGUGCGGCUGUGUCCCUCGGGUUCUGUCUGCAGCAGGUGGACGUUCUCGACCUGUCCGGCAAUGACUGGAUCCACGAACCAAAUAAGAUUAACGAGGUCGCUGGUGCUGCCGUGGCCUUGUCACCAGUUGACUUCGCUGGAGGAGUGUCGUCGAGAGAGAAUCCGCCCGUGCUGCAGCUCAAAGACACGCCAGUGGAGUGCACACUGGAGUUGUCGAAUGAGGAAUUGAUGCAAGACAAUGAUGGCGUGCUUUCGAACGAGAUAACCUACGCUCUCCGCUGCGGUUGCGCUCAGGGCCACCGCCGUGGGGCCAGCGGCCGAUGUGAGCGCAUUGACGUGCCCGUUGUCGCCAUCGCUGCCGGUUCCGUGAUUGGCGGGCUGUUCAUCCUCGUCCCUGUCGUGGCGUGGCUCUACCGCCGAUAUGCGCGGUCGCACAAGAGCGACAAGCUGCACAUGAGACUGCUCUCUGAGCGGGACGAGGAGGUGAUGGCGCUGAAGAAGGCGUGGGAGAUUGAGUAUGAGGAGCUGAGGCUGAUCAAGCGUGUAGCAGCGGGUGCAUUUGGAAUUGUGUUCAAAGCAAAGUGGGACACGCUGAUGGUGGCAGUGAAAGUUCUGCAGCAUGCGCUCAUGGCCGUCGACGAGAGCACGGUGUUGGAGUUUGAGAAGGAGGUGGAGUUCUUGAGGAAAGCGCGCCACCCUAACGUGGUGCGGUUCUUCGGGGCGGGCACAGACCCCAACGGCAGCCCGUUCCUGGUGCUGGAAUUUGUGGCCAUGGGAUCACUCAAGGACUUGUUGGAAAAGAACCUGCAAGCAGUGCUUGACGAGGCACAAGCCGCGAUGGGCGGAAUGGAAGACGACGACGAAGAUGAUGCCGAAGAUGUGGCGGUCGUGACAGCGGAUGUCGGCGACGAGCUCACCUUGGUGAGCACGCCCACGGUGCGCCCACGGAACAGCGUAGUUCUGGACGAGGUGAUGACAGUAUGGGACCUGAAACUGCAGCUGUUGCGCGAUGUCGCCAGUGGCAUGUCCUUCAUUCACAGUCUGGACCAAAUCCAUCGGUCGGUUCCUGGAUACCAUUUGGUUUCGCACGGCCAGCCGCUUGCUGUUGCCGAGUGGUACAAACAACUGGCGUACACGUGCAUGGCAGACAACCCAGCCCACCGUCCAAGCUUUGAAGAGCUCAAAAACAAGCGCCUGGCCGAACAGCAGGUCGUGUGAUGGAGUGCUGCCAUCGUUGGUUGCUGCUGUUGAUGCCCAUGUGUGAU